AUGUUAACUGCUAGCCACUUAACCGACUCUUGUUUCACUAAUUUAAAGAGGACAGAAAUACUUGAAACUCGGAUCUUACAUAAUAUGGAUUCAAUUGCAGGUAUCAGUAAGGACUAUACAGAGAGAGAAGACAUUCUAGAACAGAACAGAUCAGAUGAAAUAAUAACGGCGGGUAUUAGCCAAGGACUUUCACAACUUGAUCUAAAUCUGAACGACCAACAAAUUAAGAGGCACAAAGAGAAGAAAGCGGAAGAAGAAGAAGAAGAAAGAGGCAAAGAAAAAGAAGAACCAAAACAAGUGAAUUCUCUAAAAAACUUUAGUCAGAAAUCAGAAAAAAUGGAGAAUGGAAAUACUCUUAAUCAUGUAGUGAAGAAAACGUCGUCACAACCAUACCUUGCUCCUCGACAACAGUCUGUAUACCAAAAACAACUUCGGUAUAGACCAAAUGACAGCUUUAUAUAUAAUAAGAGCUCAACUUCAGCCUCAUAUAUCGACCAUAAUAGCCAGCAGCAGCAACAACAACAACAACAACAAACGACAAAAGUGUCUUCCAAGCAGCCUUUUAAGCAGCCUUCGCCUCAGUCGUCGGUACCAAAUACAUUCCAAUACAAGAAACACCCUAAUGCGAAAUCUAAGGACUUGAAAGCGAGCUUUUUUACUGAAGAAGAGUCCCAUGUUGAGAAUGAGCAUGAGCUUGAGCAUGGUCAUGCCCAUGAGAACCUGGGUGACGUAUAUCAAAAUAACAAUAAUAAUGAUAAUAAUAAUAAUACACCCGAUUGGAUGCCCAAGGUCUUAGAAGAUAAAUGGCCAUCAUCUCUUGAAGCCAAUCACUACAAUGGUGCAUUGUUUAAUAACACCAACAACAACACCAAUAAUAUACAUAUUAACAAUACUCACGCCAACUUUCUACAUGAAGAUCCUCAAAAUUCGGUAGAAUUUAAUCCAUCAAAUACUAUUUUGCAUAACUCCAAUAUCCAAACAAUCGAAACCCAGCCCUGGCAAGCCCGAUCCAAGCUUGCAUCGAAAAGCUUGCAGCAGAUAUUUCAAGAUACUACUGACGAAAGCACCAACGACAAUGGCAACAGCAACGGCAACAGCAACGGCAACAGCAACGGCAACGGAAAUGCCUCAAUCUCAUCAGUGGUAUCCACACCUGUGGAAUCAAUCAAAAAAGUGGAUGAGACUACCACCGCAGCCGUUGUUGCUCCCACUACUGCCCAUAAUGUCAUUGACGAGAACAAUUCCCAAAAUGAUAACAAACAAGAGCCAAUCACGCUAGUAAAAGAGCAGAAAACUCCGGCUGCUCCAACAAGAGGGGGUUCACCGGUCAAGUUAUUUGGUGCUACAUACGAUACCUAUACAAAGAAUGCAUUAAACGGACUUUUAGUCAAUGUGAAAUCCAAUAAAAACACGCCUGCGUCAAAUAAAAAGCGCCACGAAGUUGGAGCUUUGAAAGCACCAUUAGCUCCCAAUUUUCACUUGCAAAACACUUCUGAGGUAAAGAGAAUUAAGGAAUUUACCAAAACAGGAUCAUAUACCGAUAAAGCAUAUCAUGAUAAUGCCAACAAUAUAUAUUCCAAAGUCAAGCAACGAGGAUUCAACCUACACGAGCUAUCAAAUGUCAAGGCAGUUUCACAAAGUACGGCAACCUCAACGCCAUUAAAACCUAGAAGCUCUAUAAAUUUUGGCGAAAUUGGUGAUAACGAAGACGAUUAUGCCUCGUUUACUACUGGCUACAGCUCGGGAGAGCAGAGUAGCAAUAUUGACUCAAAGGAAGAGAAUGAUAGUGAAAAUGCAAUGACGUAUACUUCUGCUACAAGAAAUACCUUUGAUCCUAGUUUGGACUCCUCUGAAGACAGUCUGUUGCAACAACAACAACAACAACAACAACAACAACAACAGCAACAACAGCAACAGCGACAUCAGGUAGCGGGUGGGGGCUUGAAGAGUAAUCCACUCCAUGCACGAGAUGAAGAACUAAAACACAGAAAUGAUGGUGAUAACGACUCUGAAUAUACACUAGAAAGCUCUACAGAUCUCAUGGAUGAGUCGCUUCGGACAGUUGAACUACACUUGCCACAAGAUUCGCCAAAACGUAAACAAAAGAGGCGCGAACAACACUACCAAGAUAAUAUUGGAGUGAUCGAUUACCUUGAUAGAAGCAGCCCCAAGGCCUCUUCGAUUCUUGGCAAAGAUCUGCCAAGUCUACCUGAGCAUACUCCUGCAAAACCAGUUUGGAAGUCAUUAUCACGUCUCAAGUUGAAUGGACCAGUUCCUCAAUUGCCUAAUCAUAUCUCUCCUACAAAUUAUCAACCUGAGAAAUAUGGAGACAUGGUCUAUGAUGAGAAAAACAAUAGGUGGGAAGCCAUAGGUGGACUCCGAGAAAAUACUUUGGAUAAAAUUGACGACUUGGUAGAUGAUGAUGACGACUUGGUGGAUGCUGAUGAUGCCGGUGGAGGGCUUCAAAUACCACUAAGUGUUUUGAAAAAGGAUAAGGUCAGGAAGCGACAGGAUAAUUUGGAAGUCUCUUUUAUUGAUGAAGCAUCGAUAGAGAAGCUAGACAUGAAGAGAAACUCGAUGCAGGAAGAGGUAAAGAAUGAUAACGCAGAAGUAGAAGAUGAUGAUGAUGAAGAAGAAGAAGAAGAAGAAGAAGAAGAAGAAGAAGAAGAAGAAGAAGAUGAUGAUGAGGAAAUGAGCGGGAUCCCACUAGGAGAAGUGACUGCACUCUCUCAAGUGAAAGAUACUUCAUAUUCUGAGUCGAAAAUGCAAUUAGUUUCCGUCAUAAAUGAUGCCUUACAAGAACAAAAUGUAAAUACCCAUUGGAUUGAUCUCCAAAACCUUGAUUUAUCCAGCUUUGGGCUCAGGAAUGUUAAAGAUCUUGAUAAAAUGUUUCCGAAUUUGGUCAAAUUGGAUUUGUCUCAUAAUGAGAUUAAAUAUUUAGCAGGUGUGCCACGAGGUAUAUUAGAAUUGAAUUUGGUAUCAAAUGAAAUUGAGAAUCGUACUUCUUUUGAUAAGUUUGUUCGAUUGCUCCAUUUAAACCUAGACUCAAACUUCUUAACCAGUUGUGAUAACUUGUUCAACAAUAUGACUUUGACAACUUUAACCCUAUCGAACAAUGCAAUUCGAGAUAUAUCUUGCUUGCUGCAGUUGAAAUAUCUCACUACAUUAAAUAUUGCAAAUAACCAAAUACAGGGAGUAUUGGAUUUUACAUCGUGGCAUCUUGAGAAAUUGGAAGUGUUAGACUUGUCUAAAAAUAAAAUUGCUUCGAUUGUUGGUCUUGAUAGUUUCCAAAAUUUGAGGGUACUAAACGUCAGUGACAAUUUAUUAAAAACUCUCGACUGGCUGAACUCAACACUUUGCAAAUUAAGCGCGAGCCGCAACAUUUUAGUUAAAGCAGAUUUAAAAGGUAUGCCAAAUUUACGAAGUAUAACACUCGAUGGCAAUAAUUUGAAGUCGAUAAAUGUUUCGCAUAAUAACGUUAUAGAGCAGUUGUCGUUGAAAACCCAACCACGUCUAUUCGAUAUGAACCGGAAACGUGGUACUGGGGGUGUUCGUGUUCGUGUUAGUGACGAAGAAAAUGUCUUUCAAAAUGUUUUGGAGAUAACUAAGUUGGAUAUUUCAGGAAACACAUUCCCCAAUUUUGAUCAGCCAUUCCGCUUUGUCAAGAGCGUGUCGAUGAUGGCCAUGAAUUUUUCAAAGUUACCGGAUGAAUUUAGUCAAAUUUUUCCAAAUGUGCAAGAAUUAAACUUGAAUUUCAAUACGAUAAAGUCACUUGAACCACUCUCGGGACUAUCGUUGAAGAAAUUGUACUUGGUGGGAAAUCACAUUGCAACCGUUUCAACAGUGGUUAAACACCUUAGGUUUAGCAACAAGACUUUAUUGGAAUUGGACUUGAGAUUGAAUCCACUCACAAAAAACUUGUAUCCAUAUGUUUUUGUUGAAGAUGAAUUGGAAAACGGUGCAAUAAAUUUGGAAACUUCAGAAGACAUCAACAUUUUCACCAGUCGCCUUGAAGAAAUCGAUGCUAACGAAUGGAAGGAGAGGAAUCAUGAGUAUAUCCUGCUGGUAAUGCAUGAAACCAAUCACGCUAGGUUUGUCGAUGUGCUCAACUAUACAUGUUAUCCGCUUGUUUUGUUCAAGAAUAUCAAUGUUCUCGAUGGGAUCCGGAUAAAGAAUAAAUUCAAGAACAUUGCUUACCGGUACUACAGAAAAUUGCAUCCAAGACAAGAUAAAUGA